CGUCAUUCCUUUAGGGUGUUCCGGGCAAGCUCUUCUGAAGGACUUACACGACACCACUCGACAUACGUUGAGUCGGACUUGAUCUCGUAUGAGAUUGACUAUGACUGAUUCAAAGUUCACAUACACGUCCUUAAUAUCGUAACAGACAGCGACCUUCACCCACCAUGUCGGCUUCUACCGAGACUACUCCUCUGAUAUCGUCGAUGUCUCAUGCGUCGACAUCGCACAGAUCCAAUCCUCCGCGACCGCAAAGAACUGUUACAUUCAAUCCUACUGUAACAUCGAAUAGUCCCAAGCCACCCUCUCAAGCACGAUCGCAUUCCCAUCUUGGAUCAUCAACCGGCACCUCUGGUCUACCCACAAGCCAUGGAGGCCAGCCUAUGCUUUCCACCCUCAACAGCAAGCUAAGACGUAGAAAUAGCGCGGGAGCAGGGAAUCUACCCCAUGUACCUGCUCCAAAGAUUGGACCUCAAAGGACAACAAGGACUGCCCAGAAACUGAAGCUGUUGCCAGAUCCGGAGCAUGGCGAAGAAGAAGAGGAUGAAGAAAGUGGGCGCGACGUGUAUGUCCAAUAUACGCGAAUAAAGGAUCCGACUGCGCGAAGGGAUGCCGCCCGCCUGGGUAAGGCGGAUCGGGAGAAACUACCACGCGUAACGGCUUACUGCACGGCCGCGUCCUACAAUAUGGGUGACUUGAUGCGUUUCCUGAAGGGCAAAUCCAGGCAACGCAGCGCCCUUCCUAAGCGAUUCGACGAGUGUAUAUACUCUCCUUAUAACUACGGGCAGAAGGGACCAGAUACUGUCAGUAGCACAGCUGUUCAUGAAGGCUUUUCAGAAGACCGGCCACGGCGAUUCUCCGAUAGCGCUAUUGAGGUUGAAGCCCAAAGUGAAAGGAGAAGAGAAGAUUUGAUUGAUUUGCAUCAUGAGGAGGAAGAAAUGCCAACAGAGAAUGGAGAGGGGUCGAUGCGACCACGAAGACCCUCGCAAGUCCACGCCGACUCCGACCCCUCAAUGAACACACCCGAUUUUGAUAUCCAAGUGCAUACCCCAGAGGUUUUCUUGUUCGAAUACGGCACAGUUGUUAUAUGGGGCAUGACCUUGCAGGAAGAGAAGCGCUUUCUCAAAGAGAUUGCUAAAUUCGAAGUCGACAAGUUAGGAAAGGACGAGAUCGAAACGGAAGAGUUCAACUUUUACUAUACACGAGAAUAUCAAGCUCGUAUAUACAACGACUUCAUCAGCUUACGCGAAAAGAAACAUUACAUGACAAAACUCGCUAUUAGCCACGCGCUCUCACAGAGUGUAAAAACAUCGUUAUUCGAAGAUCUUGUCGACAACACCAUUGAUGACACAAAGGAUAUUCCUGCUCAAAUUGCGAGCUCUGGAAAAAUCAACCUCAACAAGAAACAAAUCAACAUGCAGAUCGGAGAAUUGUUUAUCUUGCGCAUCAGUAUACAUCUGCAAGGGUCUGUCUUGGAUGCGCCUGAACUUAUGUGGGCAGAGCCGCAGUUGGACCCGGUCUACCAGGCUGUGCGCAGCUACUUGGAGAUGGACCAGCGUGUUGGACUACUCACAGAGCGGUUGAACGUCAUUGGCGAUUUGCUAGCUGUGCUCAAAGACCAAUUAACAGUGACACACGGCGAACUUCUUGAGUGGAUUGUCAUCAUUCUCAUUUUCGCUGAAGUGGUCGUUGCCGCGAUCAACAUUUUUGUUGAUCUCCAUGCAGCAGAUUAAGCGAGGAGUUCUCUUCGGAAUUGUAUAUACGUUUCUAUCUUGUCAUUAACCUUUCUUUCCCGAGGCACUGUCUGCCAUCAUUGUGUACCUUUCAACGACAUACAAACACCGGAAGCGUGGACUGGCGUAUUGGUGUCAAAUAGGCAUUUGCCCACACAGCUUUAACUGGAAUUUCUGGUCUUCUUUCGAGCAGCCUAUCAAUGGUUGCUCUUUUUCCGCAAGAACGAAGUGUAGCAAUAAACAAUAAGUACAUAUUUGGCAUUGGAUUACAUAUUAUCGGGAUGAGUUGUCGUGGAAGAAUUGCGCGCGCGAGUCAUGGAUGAUGUCAAGAACAUGUUUGAGAGAAUUAUCAAAUGGAAAAGCGCUGGAACAAUAAACAGACGUCGCGGAAAAAUGUAAUCGUCCAGCCAGCCCAUCAUAAUUGCUCUGAUCAAAGU